AUGGUGUGCAUCCGUCCCGCGACCCUUGACGACCUGUGGGCCAUGCAGCACUGCAACCUCAUGUGCCUCCCGGAGAACUACCAGAUGAAGUACUACCUCUACCACGCGCUCUCGUGGCCGCAGCUGCUGCACGUCGCCGAGGCCGGCAACGGCCGCAUCGUCGGCUACGUCCUCGCCAAGCUCGACGAGGACUCCACGACGACGCACGGCCACAUCACCUCCCUCGCGGUGCUCAGGACGCACCGCAAGCUCGGCAUCGCGGCGAAGCUGAUGACCGCGGCGCACGACGCGAUGUGCGCCGCCUUCGACGCGCAGUACUGCUCCCUGCACGUGCGCGUCAGCAACGCGGCGGCCAUCCACCUGUACGUGGACGUGCUCGGAUACGAGCGCAACGACGUCGAGGCGAAAUACUACGCCGACGGCGAGGACGCGCACGACAUGA